AUGGCUGCCGGAACAAGRGGGUUCCAGACUGGUAGAGAUACUAGAAUUGUAAGCACAGGUGACACAGAUGAUGAAGAUGAGUUAGAACUCUUGAGGGAGGCAGCACUUAGAUCCAUGGCAAACAAAAAAACAGUUGUAGAGCAUCAGGCAAUGGAUGUUAAUGAUCAAGACGAUAGUGCUUCAUCUACAAGCACAGAAUAUGAAGAGAUCUCAUUGAACAGUCCACAAGACAGUUCUUCAGAAUCAAGUGAUGAAAUGCCUACAGACAAAGAACUAUCAGAAACGAAUAACAUUAUUAACAUUGACAAUGCUACACCUGUUUAUUCUGAUAAUACAAAAUCUCAUGAGCAAAUUGAAAGCUUAACUAUUACUGUUGAAAAUGAUGAUGAAAGUGAUGAAAGUGAUGAAAGUGAUGUUGAUGAAAGGAAUGAAAGUGAUGAUGAAGAUUAUGAUCAAAUUGUAGAAGACAAUGAAGAACAUGAAACUGUUAUGGAUGGUCAAAACCAGGAUGAAGAACAAUCCUCCUCUGAGUCAAUUAAUAAUGAUGAAAAUGAAAUAGUUUCUGAAGAAGAAGAGCAAGAAGAAUCACGGCUAUAUGACAAGCAAAGUAACCACAUUGUGUAUGAGAAUGAAACUGAUGAAGAAUCUCCAGAAAAUAAAGUAUUUGGUAUGUCAGAUACUGGCUUAGAAAAAUCAAGAACAGACAUUGUUGCCAAUAAAGUAAGUGACAUCACUAGUAACGAAAAUAUAAACACAACAAAAACCUCUCUAGAGACAAAUAAAAGGGUGCUUAUGGGCAAACAAAAUCAUAUUGRAAAAAAAUCUUUGUCUCCAAUAGUCUGUAGUAGUAAGGAAGCUGACAGAACUCAUGAUUCAUCAAAAGUUUCUGACAUUAGUAAGAGCGAUAAAAGCAGUGUAUCUUCAAAUGUUUAUUCACCUAAUAGCAAUGUUAACWCUGUUGAUACUUCAAAAAGUGUACUUGAUACUACAAAAAAAGGCAAUGACAGACUUCAAAAUCAAUCUUUGAAAAAAGGUUUCAAGGAAAAUGACAAAGGAACUAAGAAAAAUAUUAGUGAGAAACCAGAACCAAAGUCAGUUGUAUCAGUACCAAAACCGAAGGAUGAAGACUUGCACACAGACCAGCUUAGUAUCGGAGGAAGUAGUUCAGACUCAUGUGAUGAACUUGAUGAGGAACUCAGAAGAAAAAGUAUAGAUUCAAAGGUUACCCCGAAAGUUUUAACUAAAAAAAGUAUAACAACAAAAAGUGUAUCUUCCUCUCGGAAACGGUCCAGAUCACACAGCCCAAAUGCAAGGCAGARAAGCUCAUCUCGAGAAAAAAACUCUCACUAUGUUCAUAAAGACAGAGGUUAUUCCAAAUCAGACAGAAGUUAUAAUAGAACAGAUAGAUUUUCAAGAAGGAGCAAAAGUCCUAACACAAGGAGUAAGUCGCCCUUGAGGAGGACCAGAAGAAGCCAUACUCCUGCACGGAGGGGYAGAAGCCCAGGCAGAAGAAGUAGGAGUCCAAUGCGUCGAGAAAGAAUUCCUCAUAGAAAAUCCAGAUAUAGCAACAGUCCACAAAGAGAGAGAAAUACAGCACGAAGGAGAAGGAGAAAUAGCCGCAGUAGCUCACCAAGGAAUAGAAACACUAUUCGAAGUAGAACUCCAGAAAGAAGGUCUGAAAGUCCCGUUAGAAGAAGUAGUCUUAAUCAAAAUAGGCAAAAGGGUGAAAGUACAAACAGAAGAAAUCCAAGGACCCCAAGUCCUGACAGGCAUAGGAAAAGAAAAGAAAGAAGUAGUAAUGAGAGUUCAAAAAGAAAUUUUGAAACCAGUAUUCAGGUUUCUUCUCCACCAAGAUCAAAACACCGAAAUCAGUCACCAUCACCCUCUAAAAUAUCUAUAAACAGUAAAGAAAACUCUCUUGUACAUACACAUCCAUCAGAAAUUGAAGAUAAAGAAGUAACUAUGAUUAAAGACACUAAGAGAGCUAAGCUUUCUGUAAAAGAGGAAAAUAAAGCCGUUGUUAACCAAAAAGAUGCCCGGAAUCUCAUCAAAAAGAAACCAGUUGCAGUUACAGCUGUAAAGAAUAUCAAGACGACAAAACCAGAAAAUACAGAGAAACAGAGUACAGGUGAUUUAAGGCAGUUYAUCCAGAAGGUAGAAGCCCAAGAGCCAUCSAGUGAGAAAGAUCAGAAGGAGAGAGAACUGGAUGAACGUAUAGCAAAAAUUCGACAGAAAAACUUGGACAUUUUGAAACGAAAAAUGGAAAUCGAAAGAGAAAAAGAGUUGUUUGGAUGAAACUUUUUGAGAUGUGGUUAACUUCAUAUAAUAGAUAUGCAAAGGUAACUUUUUUACUCUUUAUAAAACAUUGAUUUGGAUAUUUUGGAUAUCAAUCCUUUCUUCGUGUAAAUAUCUCCUUUUACUUCAUUUAAUUUUGUAGAAAAACAGACACAAUAAGCACUAGAUCUGACGGAUUUAUAUUGAAAAAAAUGCUUUUUUAAAAAAUGAUUUUUUUGGUCAAAUAGGACUACAAUUAGCGUUUCUCAAAUUCCUAAAUAAUCAAUGAAAAACAACAAUAACAGCAACAGCAAGACAAACAAAGUGGWUAAUUKAUGUAAUUGGCUGUUCGGUAUAUUCAUUGUCAAAGUACUUACUAUGGCAAUAGUGUUUUUUGGUGAUUUUUCUUUUCUAUCAUUAAUUAUUCAUGAAUUUGACAACAGCGUAUCAAACACCUUGAAACAGUUAAAAAAAUAUUAAAAACUCGCACAAUCUGUUACAUCAAAUACUGUAUAAACAAAGAAAGGGGGAGUGUUACCUCGAGAUGAACGGUUAACUUACAGUGAUAUAUAUUUUUUAUAAAAGUUAAUCCUUAGUAUUUCAAAGGAUUGUGUCCAUAUAAUCAUAUUUCGGGCGUUUCGAACGAUUAUAUGAAUAACAAGCAUAAGAACAGCAUUCAAUGCUUUAAAUUAUUGUUGUUGUUUUUUUGGUAUUAUUAAAUCUACAGUUUUGAGCAGUAGGAAGUAGAACCUUAGUUAAACCACAGGAACGAGAUUAUUUUUUAGUUUUGUAAUCGCUCGUUACCUUUAAACCCCUUUAAUUCGGCCACUGUUCGCAAUGAUGGGCUGGCCGUAUUGAGCAAACAGUGUCCGUACGACGUGGUUCCCCUGUCAAGGUCUGUCAAGGUAUUCCAGUGGCUUAAAUUCCUUAAUAACCAAAAACAACGCAAAAUAAGCCAAGACACUAGCAGAUCAAUAGCUCUAAGUAGAGAUUAUUUCUUUAAUCUUUCUUUGCAUUCAUUCCCUUGUUAUUCACACUAUUUGUUCUUAUUAUCAGUUGUUAUAACAAUCUUUGUCGAGGAUCUAUAGUGUAAAAAAAACAACAUAAAAUAUAUGUGAAACUAAUAGCACAUUCAUUCUCAUGGUCGUUUCCAACGUCGAAUUUCACAUGUUCGAUUUAACAAUCGUAGGUUAAGAGGAUGAUCGGUUGUUCCUUCACGUUAUCUACCGUUUAUAAGACUAGUGUUAUACUAGGGACGCAUGCAUAAGCGUCAGAUAAAUUCUGUAGCUGUCAUAACAAGAACUGAUCCUAGUCGUGGACUCYAUUGUGUUUUCUUGGCAUUAUACUUGUUCUUGCGUCCUGGUGAAACCACACUUUACGAAUCUACUUUGACAAUUUACGAAAACAAAUCGCGUUUACAUAUCGUUUUCGCGUGGCAAUGGCAACAAAUGCAACAAAAAAAGUAAAACUCAAAGAUUUAGAUUCUAAUAGACCUCGGAGACUUGACAAGUUUUAAUUAUGAAAUUCUUUGUAAAUGUGUUGUUUCUACCUUUAAGUUAACCRCAUAGUUUUAAUAUGUUGUAUAUAAAGUAAUGGUUUAUGAAAAAAACUUGAACAAAAAAUAAAAUAUGACAAUAAGUUACUGAA